GUCACUAUCAUUGAAUGUACAUAGAGGUAAUGUAAGAAAAUGCGGUAGGAGUUAGUUUACUAGUUCAGCACUGUGGGACUACCAUUGAAGAUCUCCAGGCUAGCUAGGCUGCGAUCAUUUACUGCAAACGAGAAUGACCGUCAUUCCUAGGCUGACCCUCGGUUUAAUUUUAUCAUGCUUUCUCCAGCAGUCUAUAUUUUGUGGAGUCGUACACAAGGAGAAGACCGGGUUUGUUGAAGAGCACGAUGUUAAGAAAAUCGAGAGCGUAUCCCAGCUUGAAUUACAAGGUAUCGAGCAUGGGAAAUUUUAUUCCCUCACCGAUGAAGAAAAAAUUCCAGAGCAAUUCGAAAUUCCUGCUGAGGAAUCGCAAAAUCUACAACAGGAAACAGCAAAAAUCGGAAAAACUCGCAAAUGCUUCAACUGUCUUCAGGACGCACGAGCAUCCAUGAUUUCCUCGCAGUCUGAUUUCCGCCUUCCAGCGCAACCUAAUAUUCCUGCAUGGGCAUUCCCUACUUCCCCUUCAUUCCCUACUUUCCCCACAUUCCCUACGUUUACAGUCCCCACAUUCCCUACGUUUACUUACCCCACAUUCCCUACGUUUACAAUCCCCACAUUCCCUACGUUUACUUACCCCACUUUCCCUACGUUUACUUUCCCCACAAUCCCUACAUUUACACUGCCAACGAUAACAUUGCCUACGUUGCCUACAUUGCCUACGUUGCCUACGUUGCCUACAUUGCCUACGUUGCCUACGUUACCUACAUUACCAACAAUUCCGACAGCUCCAACAACCUCCGAAACUUCUGCAACUUCGGAAACAUCGUCUGAAACAUCCGAAACUUUGGAGCCAUCCCCCGCAACCACUGAACCAGCCACUGAAGCCUCGGACUCAGCCACCGAAACCCCUGAACCAUCCGCUGAAACCCCAGAGUCACCCACCGAAAAUUCCGCCGACCCUACAGAAUCCUGAGAUGGUCUCAAGAAUGAUUUCUUAAAUUAAAAGAGUUGAAUCAACGGACCCCAGGACAGUGUAUGAAAUCGUCGCCUCCUGAUAUUGCACGAUGAACCUUGUCGUCCACCACCGACGUGGCGUGCUUUGCGAUAUAUCGAUUGUUAUGCCAUUUAAACCUAUGGGAGAGGAUCGAUAGACAGGGUAUUCGCAGAGAACACCUUAAUAAUCGAUUCUUUACCAGGUCUAAAGGGCAGAACAAUCGAUACAUCGCAAUUCACGCCACCCCGCCCGGCAAGUGGUUGCCUGAAGUAGAUGCGGAAAUGUUGUCACAAUGUAACUGCCAAAAAUAAUGUUGCGGCAACGCUGCAGCAACGUUGUGGCAAUGUUAUUUUUGGCCGUUGCCGGACGGGACGACACUACCCGGGCUCAUCUCUAAGUCGACGGUGAAACUGCCAAGAGGCGUAUCUCGGUAGCGGUGUUUCGAAAUCUUCGCUAUUAUUUUAUUUUUUUAAAGGAGACAGGACCUACAUUAGGCUUGAGGUUUUUACAAAAUAUUCUUUAGAAACAGAAGAAAAAUCGCUGGAAUUUUAAAAAACAAAUGGCGUUCAGUAGUUUCCCGUGUAGAAAAUAGAGUAUGACAGGAAGUCUGCAACGCCGCAAACCGAGAUAAGCAUUUCUGCAGUUUCACUCUCGAGGUGUAGUUAGGUCCUUUGUCAGCCAAGCGAAGAAUUGAGGUGUCAUGAUACGUAUCGACUCGCAGGUCGUAAGUAGAGUAAACACUGAACACGUGUUUUUUUUUUUUUUUUUAAAUUUAUUUGGAAUCCGGUAUUAAAAGAAGGCCGAUCGAGCAGGUAUUUAUAAAAUUCACCUACUUAGAAUUUUGUGAGAGAAAGUAACGAAUAUUCUCACAGCGGGGGUGCAAGUAAAAAGACCAAUUAAUGAUGGCUUUCAGGAUGUUUUGAAUCUCUAAUCUUCGAUUUUGUAAUCGAAUGGUCGAAAUCUUCGAUUUUAAAAAUGUUUUGUCAGGUUCUCUUCCGAGCCUUGCCUCCGGCGCUAUGAUUUGUUACUUUUCCAGAUUUUGAAAGUCACCGUUACUUACGGUAAAUUUUUUGGUGCUAUUUAUUAUAACUUUUGGAGGGCAAUUUUUGUUACUUAUUAAAAGAUAAAAAAGACUGGAAGUAAA